GUACAAUGGAAAAUGAGGAGGAGGAUUACUUGUUUGCCAAAAGAUUGCAGCAACAGUUCGACCAAGAAACCCUCGAAAUAAGCUCCGGCGAGGAAGAUGUGUUUAUUGUCGAUUACGUUGAACGGGAUCAUAAAUUGGCAGAGCGUCUUCAAGCUCAGUACAAAGCCGAAGCCGUGGAGCUGUUCUCCGAUAGCGAUGACGAUGUUAUUUUAGAAGCCAGCGAGACAACCGCGAGCGCAAGUGGAAGUCUUCAGAGAGCAAACACGCCAUUGCCUGGAAGUGUAAAUAAUGAUGGAUCCUCAGCAGAUCGUAAACCAUGCAAGUCAGAAACCAAAGAUCUCAACACCAACGAGUAUUUCAUAGAAGAGCUACAAGUUUAUGUGGAUCCCGAGAACAAUUUCGAAUGGAAAUUUGUUGACGUACUCCCGAACGUCGAGGCUAUAUUCGCCAAAUUCGACGCACAGUUUUUCCAGUCUCGAUUCAAGAAGAAAAAAAUUUUCAUCGUUUGGUCCGAUAGCUUGGGGAGUUCCUGUACCAACCGAAACUUCAACGAUGACGAGGGUAGAUAUACGAUUGCCCUGAAUGGGCCGCUGCUUGCGUUACGGCCCCGCAUCGAAAUCAUCAGUAUUGUUCUGCAUGAAAUGAUUCACGCACUGCUUAAAAUGGAGGGCAUACAAGAACCCAACAGUGGACACGGUGGAAAUUUUCGUAAAAUUAUGACAUUUUUGAACAGCACGUUGCAAACGAGCAUUUCCUUUAAUCACAAGCUAAAUAAUACCGAUACCACGUGCAGGAGUCAGUGGUAUCGGUGCACGGGCAUUUGCCACAACUACCAGCCCUUCCAUGGAAUUGUACGCUCGAUUGAUGGCCCUCCAGGUCUGCAAAAUGAAUGGUGGAAAGAGCACGCCAACAGUUGUGGAGGAACGUUUUACAAAAUGUACGAAAUGAGCAAGCUAGUUUGCGGUAAAAUAGCGACACGUUACGCCGUCAAUGUAAAGUACAUGCUGCCGAAGCGAGAAAAUAUUCGGUGCCGAUUCAAAUCAACAUUGCCUGUACAGGAAUCGAUUGAUCUUACCUCUAACACACCAAGGGUGAACUUUUGUACCAUUCUCGAUACAGUUAAUGUAGAUGCGGAAGAUUCGGCUGAUACUUCCUCAAACACAGCAACGGCGGAUACAUUCAUUAGGCAGUUUGAUCGAUCAAUUGCUUUCACUCGAGAUGCGUGCGAAAUGAUGUGUCCUAUAUGCCAGGAUCGCAUCAAGCGAAAGUUGUUCAGCAAUCACAUUGAUGGCUGCAAAGGAUUUGUGCGAGUUGUGCAGUGGAAAAAGUCAGCUACCGGCACGAUCGUACAAAAUGGAUUGCGGGAACUCAAAUCUACCUCAGGAGUAGAAGCUCACUCAAGUGCAGUACGAAGGUCACACACUUUGUCCGAUUCAUCCGCACCUUCGGCGUCAACAUUCGUCACCUAUCAACAGGCCAAGCGAAAGCGUUUCGCGUAG